ACCGCAACUUUACGCCUCUCGCUCGCGCACACCCAAGCAUCCAUCUCCCGUCUCUUUUCGGUCCAUGCUGCGCCACAUCGAAAUGGUACCAGAUUUUUUAUUUACAAGAAUUGACCCGUCAAGACUGGUCGUACCGAAUGUGAACAUUUGAGACAUGAAGAGGUCAACGUACAACCACUGAAAGAAGGACAUUUUUCAGGAAAAUAAAAGUUGAACUGUAAUUAUGUGAAAAGGUGUUAAAGAUGGCAUUUCUAUGCCCAGUGCGGAUCAGACGCGGUAAAAAGAAAAAAUCUUCCAGUGUAGACCUAGAAAAGGAACUUGGAAGGGUCAACAAUGGAGUUACCCCAGGCAUGGGCAGAAUCACCGGAUCAGCCAGCAUAGAAACUUUAGUCCGCGUGGGAAUCGAAAAGGAACAUGGACUCUCCCCCGAUUCCAAGAUGGUCGUACUGCACGACUUUACCCCGUGCGUCGAUGACGAGUUGGAAGUAAAAAGGGGCCAAAUUGUAAACAUACUGUAUAGGGAAAACGAUUGGGUGUACGUGAUAGCCCCUGAUACCAGACAGGAGGGCUUCAUCCCAUUUUCCUAUUGUACCCCUUACAACAAUCAUUUAGCUGAGAUGGCCAUAAAGAAGAAAUUACCUCGGGAGGCACAUAAUUUGGCCUCUGCUGAUAGUAGUGACAACCUCGACUGUGAUGCAGCAGGUUUAGACAACAGCGACUGUGAUUCCUUAGGGAAAAGCAAACACCAUCAGGAAACGGGAGCGAUUAGUCCCGUCAGUAUACAAUCCGAACCCGACAUGAUCCCGUUUCAAAAAGACCCAUCGGGUCGCUAUAUCGUUCUCUACACUUUCAUCGCUAGAGAUGAAAACGACGUGUCGGUGGAAAGGGGGGAAUUCGUCACCGUUUUAAAUCGGGAAGAUCCAGACUGGUACUGGAUAGUACGGAGCGACGGCCAAGAGGGCUUUAUUCCCUCGGGAUUCGUUUAUCCCGCGGAUAAUGUGAUACAGGGUCACCUGAACGGUCAGACCCAACCGCAAGCCCUAAUGACCGGAUCCGGGAAUUUCCCGAACCAAAAUAGCCAGAACAUGGUGAACGCGUCGAGUGGAGACGAUCUACGGUACCACGGUACGGAGCUGGUGAUGCUCUACGAUUACAAGGCGCAGGCGCCCGACGACUUGACGGUGCGUAGAGGCGAUUGGAUCUACGCGGAUCUGAACAAUCAAACUGUAGACGGGUGGCUGUGGGCGUAUGCACCAAAAACCAGGAAAUACGGGUUUAUACCGAAAGCGUAUGCCCGACCGCCGGCCAUGACCAGUUUAUGAGACUGAACAUACACACUGUGGAAAUUAUGUAAUUGUAAGGAUGAAUUUUGGAAAAGUUUUAGACGGAUUUGUUGGUAAAUUGCGGAAAUUUUGGUUAAAUAUGAAUUUUUUACUAAAAUACUCUAAUGUUACACGUAUUUCAGCCUUUUAAGGGACCCAUAAUCAGUGUUUAAGAAGAAUUUUGUUCUUGUUUAGGUUUCGCUUAGUUAGAUCGAAAAUGACACGAUGACACAAGAAGUACAAAUUUUAUAUUAAGUAAAGGGUUUUUCAUUUUUAUGUUAUUUCAAAAUUGUUAUAUUGACUAUAAAGACUGCAUUUAUAGAAGGAAGCUUAAAUUGGGUUAAACUGUUUCCAGAAACCUGGAAAUUACGAAUAGAGAUUUGAAAUGUUUGUAAAACUUAAAAAAAUACGUCAAAUGCUUAGAGAAUAAUUUGGAAAAUACGAUGGAUGCCUGGAAAGCCUGGAACUGAAAUGUUUUGAAUAAAAUCAGGAAUUCCAAAAUUCCAAAUUUAGAAGACGAGACAAGAAUUUUUAUUUAAGUUCUCAUAAAAUCUAACAAUUUACGUCAAAUACUUGAAUAAAUUUAAAAUGUUCUUCAAAUACUUAAAAGAAUGGAACUGAAAAAAAUGCCUGGAAUAAAAUAUGUAUUUAGUUCUAAUACCAAAAAGAGAUGAAAAAUAAUUUCCAUGUCUGGAACAUAUAUAAACAAUAACAUCAAAUAGCUAAAGUAAGAACAACUAAACAUAUUUUUAGUCUCUUAAACCCUGUACUGGAAGAAAAUUGAUCUAUUCAACCAGAAGUAUAGACACAUGUCUGAAAGCCAUAAUAAAUGCCUAUAGAAGCAUGGAAAAUUAUUCCAAAUCCUUAAAAAACAUUAAAAAUUACACUGAAAACAUAAAAAAUUAUGCCAGUUAAAUACUUGGAAAAAAAGUGACAAUUUGUUUAUAACCCAAGAAACGUGAAUAUUUAUUUCCAAUAUGUGAAAGGCUAGGCAAAAAAAAACUGAGAAAACCGUUUCAAUUCAAACCAUCAUUCCAAAACUUGCCUUCUCCAUAUUGGGUAAAAUUUCACAAUUGGCAAAAAACGUAUUAUAAGAUUUUCAAAUACAAAUUUAUACAAAUUUAAUAUGUAUGGAUUUACUAUAAUUAUUUGUGUGCUAAUUUUAGCAUUCAUUUAAAUCCUGUUUAUUUAAUUUCCAUAAAAUUUAUUAAAACAAUAUGGACAAGACAAGUUUUGACAUGACUGCAUGGAUAAGACAAGUUUUGGCACGAAAAAGUACAGCAAUUGACUGAUCUUAUUUUUUUUAUUAAAAAAAGAUAACAUUAUUUAAAAAAUCGUAAUUUCUUAAAUUCUUAGCGAAAUAUCUUCCUCCACUCUUCCUUCGCAAAAUUCAUUAUUUUCAGUUUCUUCGUCCAUUCUCCCAAUGUUUUUCUCCUGUUCCUCGAAGAAAUUUUUAUAAAAUUCUAAAUCAUUUCUCCCCAUCCAAUCUUCUCUAUAAUGAGCAACUAGUAACUUUUUGACAUCUUGAACUUUUUUUUCAUUAACCGCCACUCCUUUAUCAAUGUUACCCACUUCUAUUUGAUUCAAUCGUUUCCCACGUUUAAAAAUUGUCUUGGAUUCUCCAACAUCACUGUUGUAGUGUUCUUCGCCUCUAACUGUUAUUUUAUCACCAUUUUUCUCAAUAACAAUCCUUUUCGCUUUAGAAAAUUUAAAGUGCCAAGACUGCACAGAGCACACCUUUCAGAUACUCCUUUGCAACUUCCUUCCGAGAUUUGACACCAGAAUCUGUUAAAUUAAUGACGGUUCCUCUUUCCUUAAAUAUAUCGAUAUACGUGUUGGGGUUUGUGAUUUCACUAAGUUUUCUUAAUUUUUUUUCGAUGAUUCCAAAUACACGGUCCGAUGGUAGGAAUGAAUGACCUCUAAUGGGAAAAACCAGCUCGUUUUCACCAAUAUGGGGCGGUGCGAUAUUCCCCAAGAAGUAAAUGCACAUUGCAACCAUUGUAGAGUUUCUGUUUUGCUGAUUUUUAAAAUUAGUUUUACUUUGGUCUUGCCUUGUUUUAACCUAUUUGGUUCUCAAAAUACAGUAUUGUCCAUAAUAGUUGGAACUUUUGAAAAUUUAUUAUAUUUUGUGUGCCUUUUAAUUAGCAUUUUAUUUUUUUUUAUAAAGUUGUUGUACACAAAAAACUAGUGUUAAUUAAUUUAAAUGUUGACAAAAAUUCAGCACCAGUAGCAGUUCGGAAUAAAAAAAAAAAAAAAAAAACUGGACAAAAUACUUGGAACUAAAUGAUUUUUAUUCAAAAACGACAUAAAACAUAACUUAUUGAGACCAUAAUAUUAUAAUUAAUCACAUUAGCAUAUAGCAUUAAUUACUGCCUGCAUUCUUCUGGGCAUUGAUUCAAUCAAAUGAUCAAUUAUUUGUCUGUCAAUGUGAGCCCAGGCUUCAACAAGCUUAUGAAAUAGUUCAUCAGCAUUUUCGACUGUUCCAGAUGCCCGAAUUUUGCGGUCCAGAUGUUCCCAUAUAUUUUCAAUCGGGUUUAAGUCUGGAUUCUGGGCCGGCCACUUUAAAACUGUGAUCUUUUCUUGGUCCAACCAUUCUUUUACCAAUUUUGUAUCGUUAUCAUGCUGGUAUACGAAAUUUACUGGCAUAGACUCAAAUGUGUAAGGCUCCAUUAUAUUUCGCAAAAUAUCCCAAUACAUAAAUCGAUCCAUUUUUCCCAGAAUUUUAUGUAUUGGCCCAGUACCAUACCAAGAAAAGCAUCCCCAUACUAUCACAUUACCACCUUCAUGUUUAACGGAAGGUCGGAUAAACUUUUUCUUGAGUCUUUCGCCUUUCGGUCGUCUUACAUGAAUUAUUACAUCACUGGAAAACAGAUUGAACUUAGAUUCGUCACUGAAUAGCACUUUUUUCCAAUCUUGUAAAGUCUAGUUAAGAUGAUCCAUUGCAAAUUGUAGGCGUAACUUAACAUAAGAUGACAAAAAUGGCUCAUUCUGGGAAAUAUUUAAAAACCGCCUAUCUACACGGGCAGUCGUGGCUUUAGGUCUUCGAGUGCUUUUACCAGGUCCCAAAUUUCUGAAUAUACGAUAUUUCUUAAUUAUUCGUGAUACGGUGUUCUUAGGAACGUUUAGUUUUUGAGCAAUAUUACGCUGCCUAACACCCUGAUUGUAAAAAUUUAAAAAUCUUUGGCGAAUGGGAAUAGGCCUUGCCUUUUCCCAUGGUAACACAAAAUAAAAUAAAUAAAAAGAACCCACUUGCACACUGGUGUGUCAAAGACUGCCUGUAAAAUACAUCUUUUAUAAAAAGUUCCAAGCAUUUUGUCCAGCACAAAAAUUUUAUUGUCCGAAACAAGAUAAGGUUGAAAUUCUGGUAUGCUUUUUUGUUUACUUAUAAAUAUGUUUAUUGAUUGGAUGUACAAAAAUAAUAUAAAUUUGCAACAUUGAAAAAAUUUUAAAUUUUUAAAAGUUCUAACUUUUAUGGCCAAUACUGUAUACUCUAUUAGCAUGAAAUUAACAUUCGAAGCAUGUUAUUUGACAAAAUGUGUUUUUUUCAUAAUUUUAGACAAUUUUUUAACAGAUAUAUAAUUAUACAUUGAUACCUAUUUCAUAUGCCAAACAAAGCAUGAUAUACUGUUAAAUACAUUGAGCUUAGACGCAUUUGUACAUGGUACUGUUGGAAAUCAGCUUGGCAAGAAUCAAGUUCCUUUUGUGAGAUCCGUCUUUUGUAGAAGACUCAGUUCUGAUUUGGCAUUUUUAAAUGCUAAACAUAGUUCACACUAAUCCUUCUUAGGAGCGGCAAAUAGUUCAGUGGAACAUGAAAUAGUUUGGAUACGAAGAUAAAGGUUAAAAAAAAACAGAAAAGGUUUUAUUUAUCCAGAAAAUGCCUUUUAAUUUUUAUUUUGUGACGAGGAUUGGAGUCAAUGGAUUCCGUCCUAAUAAGCACGCUCACUUAUUUUUCUAUUUUUUUUUCCAAGUUUGUAAAUUUGAGUAUUGAGCUCUUCGUAUAUUGAUUUGAAGAAAAAAACCUACAAUGUUAAUUUUUCCAAAUAUUUUAUAGUGAAAACUAAUGAAAACUAAAUUGUUUUAACUAAUGUAAGUACCUUAGUUCUUUUAUAAAAAACAAAAAAAUAAAAUUCCAGAAUAUGGACAUAACUCCACAAAAUAUAGUUUCGCUAAGGUUUACCCCUGUUCUGCCUCAUAGCCAUCAAUUAACUAAUAACGUCAAUGUAAAUCCCCAUCAUAAAAUGAGACUGAAUUCUCCGGAUAGAGUCGAUAUGAUAUUGAAUGCCUGGUUUUAUAUGCAUAGUGUCUCCUAUAUUUCCUUCUAUUAUGUAAAAAAAACUCAUAUAUCAUUUAUAUAUACAGCAGCCUGGAAAAAUAAUGUACACCUUCUUAAUAUUGCAAGAAAUAAUUUAUAGUUUUUGCUCUUGUGGUAGGACAAUUUAAUUUCCACUUUUCGUUGCAUGACUUUUUGACAAAUCUCCUGUCAUAAUAUUUUGACGAUGACCAGUUUACACUUUUGAUCCAAUUAGACUCGUUUAUUUUUCCCUUCCUUAAUUAAUUAAGCAUGCUGUUUCCUUUCUUUAGAAAUAUGAUCAACUUCAUGUAGAUCAUCUGAAUUAUUAUAAUCAUUAGAGAUACUCUUAAUAUAACUAUUUCUCUUCUAAGUAUGCGGUCUGACUUUAUAUUAAUUUGGAUUUGAUAAUGCCUCUUAAAAGGGCGAAACACGCGUAUUAAUAAUUACCCUUGUCUGAUUUUGAUUAUGUUAAUUUUUUUCCUAAGCAAUGAUUGAAAUAUUUAUAAUUUAGAGAUGUUUUAGGCAAUUUUUAUUUGAGCUUUUUUGUUCCAUAAUGAAAACAACUCUCAACUCUUUUGACCCCAUAAUUUUUGACUUAACCAACGUAUGACGACAUUGAAGUUUUUCUUAGAAAUAACCAAAUAACUGAGAGGUACCAAUUUUUUUUGAAAUUUUUCAGGCAAAAGUCCCGUAUAUAUUUUAUGAAAUAAACGAUUAAAGGUUUUCUGUCGGGUGAUAACUACUGAAUACUGAUUUAAUGAUUUUUCACUCAAAAAUUGAUAAAUCAAUAAUUUUAUUCUUUGUGGGUUAACAAAAUCUAAAAUAAUGCAUCCGGUAUUUUUUUAUAAACAAUGAAUUAAAUAGGAUCUCCGAUGCCAAAAAAAAAUCAGUUUUCUCUGAGUAUUGAGUAAAAAUUAUCACCUUUAAAAUCACUGCUGUCAUAAAUAUGUUGCCACUUUACUAGCUUAUAAAAAUCAAUUUUUAUCGCAAUGUUUUAUCGGUUUUUUUUCCCUUAACUUUGACUAAUAUUUAAAUUAUUUUAUAAAUCUCUGCAGUUGAUCGACAAAUCCCUAAAACUUUUCUUUCCCUAAACUUCCUACUGUUUGGGAUACGAUAGUGAGCCUACCCUUAUUGCCAUUUUAUGAACUUAUUAUACAGGAUGGACCAUAUUACUUAAAUAUUUAUUAUAAGUAAAUAUUGUUUUGCUAUAUGAUAUUAUGGCCCACCCCUGUAAAAUACCCUUAAACACCCAUGAUAGAUAUAUCAAUAUGCCAUUCCGUUUUUAUGUAUAGAUUUUAAGUUGCAAUAUUAUACUUUUUUAUAUUAGAUUUAUUUUGUAGAAAAGGUUAUUAUUAUUAUUAUUAUUAUAUAGUAUUUUUAAUUAA